AUGACUCACCACUGCACCAAGUUCUCCGGCCACUGGAAGAUCAUUGUGUACGAUGAGGAGUGCUUCCAGGGCCGCCACCAUGAGUUCACUUCCGAGUGCUGCAACGUUAUGGAGUUCGGCUUCGAGUCUGUGCGCUCGCUGAGAGUGGAGAGUGGAGCGUGGGUGGGCUAUGAGCACGCUGCGUACCAGGGCCAGCAGUUUGUGCUGGAGCGCGGAGAGUACCCUCAGUGUGACGCCUUUGGUGGCAGCAAUGCCUACCAUAUUGAGAGAAUGACCUCCUUCAGACCCAUUGCCUGUGCUAACCACAGGGAGUGCCGGAUGACCAUCUACGAGCGUGAGAACUUUAUGGGCCGCAAGGGCGAGCUGAGCGACGACUACCCCUCGCUGCAGGCCAUGGGAUGGUGCAACAACGAAGUGGGCUCCCUGCGUGUCCAGUCUGGAGCGUUUGUGUGCUACCAGUACCCUGGCUACCGUGGAUACCAGUACAUCAUGGAGUGUGACCGUCACUGCGGGGAGUACAAGCACUUCAAAGAAUUUGGCUCCCACUCACAGACUCCUCAGAUCCAGUCCAUCCGCCGUAUUCAGCAGUAA